AACUUGAAAAGUCUGGGAUCCAUUAGAUUACCUGCCGCAAUGUUUUUCACAUUUUAAAUAUUAAUACCACUGGAAUUCAACCUAAACUGUGCUUAGCCACAGACUGAAAGUCACUACUGAUCAUAAGCAUUAUGGAAUACUGCAAUUACUUCAACAAGUUUUCAAACUGUGAUUUACAAGAUUUUCACAGCAAGGAAAGGUUAAUCCUUUCCCAAUUUGAAAAAGCAAUAUUGGUGCUAACGUCAAAGGGAGCCUCGGAUAAUAUGCUAUCCAGACACAGAGAUACACAGACAUGAAAGCUCAGAGGCACUUCUACAUCAAAAUGUCAGGCUCAAUUGUGUCUUUUUUUGGGGGGGGGAGACUCUGUUCAAGCUUUUCUGUAAGUUUAAAUGAAAAGGAAAAUGGUACCAUUCUGGUUUUGCCACUGACUGGUAGAGCGGAAAGCAUAAAGUUAUGUUCUGGAAAGAAAUUCAUUGAAAGCACAUCCCCAUUUCUGUGAAAAUUCAUUGGUAUAGAAACUUCACCUGUUAAAUUUUGGCCUGCCCUAACAGUGGAGCCCUGACACUAAAAAAUAAAUUAAAUAAAAUAUGUGGCAUCCCCGGUUUCCUGAGGCGAGACGUGACGGUACAGCUGGCAACGGCAGCCGAAGACGACGGCGGCCAAAUGCGCGGACAGGGCUCUGACGAUCUCUGAAAAGAUGAGGGCGAGGCCCACCGCUCGCGCCUGCCCUUCUGCCCGACCGAGGAAGCAACCACGCUUCCCCAAACGAGCAGGGGGUAUUUCGCCAGACGGGGCGUCACGCACGGCUCCCGAAUCCCCUCCCGGGGUUAGGAGAGGAGGGUCCAGGGGCGGCUCCUUGGGCGGGGAAGCGCUGCCGGGGACGGCUAGCUCACUCGGCGCUCGGCUAGCCGUCGGGUCGAUUCGGUAGCUCUUCGCCGUACGCACGGCCCGAUUACAAGCAAGCGAGAGGAGGCGUUGAAGCGGCGGCGGCAGCAGCUAUCCGAGGAAUGCGCUGAAGAUGGCGGCCGUCCGGAGAGCGCCCAAGAGCGGCUUGCUGGAGCUGCGAGCGCCGGGCGAGCAGUGGCUGCGCGUCUUGGUGACUCUUUCCGAAGACUUCUUGAGCGUCAUCCCCAGCACCAAGGGCUCCGAGGAGCCGCUGCAGCCGCCGCCGAGCCCCGUGCAACUGAACGGUGCCGAGGCGUGCGCUCUCGUCCCAGACUCGCUAACCAACAUCAAGCGCACGGUGCGGAUCGUGAAGCAGGACGUGGGGGGGCUCGGCAUCAGCAUCAAAGGUGGUCGGGAAAAUAAAAUGCCCAUCCUGAUAUCCAAGAUUUUUAAGGGGCUGGCUGCAGACCAGACAGAAGCUCUGUUUGUAGGGGACGCCAUCCUUUCCGUCAAUGGUGCUGACCUGUCCGAUGCUUCCCAUGAUGAGGCAGUGCAAGCUCUGAAGAAGACUGGCAAGGAAGUAGUAUUGGAAGUCAAAUACAUGAAGGAAAUCUCUCCUUAUUUUAAGAAUUCCUCAACUGGUGCAACUGUAAGUUGGGAUUCUUCACCAGGCUUUCAGAAGCAAGCUUCUCCAGCUCUUUCCCUGCAAGACCUCAAGGAAGGGAAGAAUGUCCCAUUAAAAAUGUGCUACAUAUCAAGGAAGUGUCUUCCAAGUGAUCCAGAAAACAGGUACCUAGAAGUGUGUUCGGCAGAUGGACGGAUCUCCUUGUUCCUUCGAGCAAAAGAGGAAGCAUCUGCCCAGUCUUGGUUCAAUGCUAUUCAUAGCAAUGUUAGCAUUCUGUUGCCAAGAGUCAAAGAGGAGCUGAAGGCCUUACAAUCAGGACUUGGCAUUGUAGGAAAUAGAAACAUCAAGCACAUUGGCUGGCUCACAGAACAGCUCCCAGGUGAUGGAACAAAAAAUAUCCUUGCUAUUCUCACAGAGAAGGAGCUUCUUUUCUAUGGCAAUCUCCCCCAAAACAGAGAUGUUCUGAACAAGCCAACUCACAGAUUCCCUCUUAUAGCCACCAGGCUUGUACACUCUGGCCCAUCAAAAGGUUCUUUAUUGUACGACUCAGAACUCUCUUUUGCUUUGCGGACUGGAACUAAGAAAGGUGUGGAGACACAUCUUUUUAGUGUGGAGACACACCGGGACCUAGCCACAUGGACAAGAAUGCUGGUGGAUGGUUGCCAUAAUGCAGCUGAGUGUGUCCAGGAAGUGUCAACUGCUUGUACAUGGAAGGGGAGGGACUGCACCCUGUCCAUCCACAUUGACAAGGGUUUCACCAUCUCCACCCUGGAGCCAGGCCUCACCAAUGUUGUUCUUCUCCAGCAACCCUUUGAGAAGCUACAGAUGUCUUCAGAUGAUGGGGCCAAGAUGCUUCACUUGGAUUUUGGCAGCUCAGAGGGAGAGAUUCAACUAGAUCUUCAUUCCUGUCCCAAAACGAUUGUCUUCAUCAUCCAUUCGUUCCUCUCUGCCAAGGUGACCCGGCUUGGAUUAUUGGCAUAGGGACAUAGAGCAAACUCUGGAGAGAAGCAAGAUUUUGUGCAAGCUAUGCAGUAUGGUUCUACCUUCAUGGUGAAAAUAAAGGGUUGAAAUACAGACUAGAACAAGAACAACAUUUCAGCAUCCACAGCUGAAAUAAAAAACUGUUAAACUUCAGGGACAACUGAAGAAAGCAAAUGGACAGCUGUCCAGAAUCUCCAUCUUAAGACUUGACAACUUGAUACCAAGAUGACAUCACCAUCCCAUCUCCUACAUCAGAAGCUUGAAAAAAGGUGAAGGUGUCAUACCAAUCCAGUUUAGCCAUCACAUUAGUGCCUUGAAGAUAUUUUAUAUAUACAUAAAUAUAUAAAUAUAUAUAUAUAUCAAAUCUGUUUGUAUCAAGGUUUUAUAUUUAUAUAUAGUUCAUUUGCUCUCUUAGUGGUUUUUAGUCUAGCGUUUCAACACUAUUUUAGACUCAAGAUACUAUACUGUACCGACCUAUCUGGGACUAAUCCAUGAACUCAGAAGGAUUUAUUUUUAAGUGAACAUGCAUUAGGUUGAACUGAAAAUUCAGCGAAAGUGCUUAAAAUUUAGCAGAAAGCCAUUUUUUUUACAUGCAGCCGACAAAAGUUAACUGUCUAAAUCCAAUCUUUUUUAUUUAUCUAAAAUUUGGAAAUAGUUACAAAAGGCUUUUUUUAAGGAAACAGCAAGAAAUAACUUUAAUCUUACUUAAUCCUAGCCCCAUAAUUUUUAUUUGUCAAAUAUAACUGGAGGUGCUUUUGACGGGGGAAGCAAUUAAUUUUAUGAGCUAAAAUUGUGCAUGAAAUUUGUUUUCAUUUUUGUCAGAAUAAAUCUAGAUUGCUGAAGAUGACUAAAGCAAACCUUUUCCAAUUUAUCUUGAAAGUAAUGUUUGGAAUUACUCAUUGAGCUUGAAAUCUAUCAAUUUUUGACACAACAGUGGCUCUCAAUUUAAUUUUAAUUGGAGUGGCUUUUUAGCUGCCAACUGCUGCCAUGGUUAUUAUCAGUCUAAUCAGGAUUCUGUUGUUUAACAAUCUUAACUAUAUUGAAACUGCCUACAUAACUUUUCAUGUUUUGCUCUUCUAAUAAGUUUUAAUUUAUAUAUUAGUGAAUUAAUAUUAGGCAGACUGUAACACACACAUUCUAAACACAGCAUGACUGUUAAUUAAAUGAAAACUGACAAUGAGAAAUUUUCUAAAUGUCAAAUGUAAAUAUAAAUUUUAAGUGGUUCUUAGAUUACAUCCCAGGAUCCAGAAGGUUGGGCAAAUUGUUCCCACAGAGAUUAAACUGGAUCCAACUAACCCAAUCGCCUUGUACCCACUUAAAAAAAAAAGCAACGGGGGGGGGGGAGAGAUGGAACUACAUAUUGUGCCUCUUCAAUUCCAGAAAAAGCCAUAUAUUCAGCUUUUAUGUUUCAGUUAUUGCACAACCACAGCUGUUUCUUCACUAUUGUCAAUAAAUGCAGAAGACAAAGGGGUAAAUAUUUCUCCUACCUAUGAUUAUAGUGAUGCCGCAACGAACAAACAGAUAGAACAUGCCAUUUCAAGAAUGGUAUCUGGAAUUUUAUGGGUACAAAGUAUGCGCUGUGGAAUUGGGUGAUUUUAUAUACAUAACUCUCCAACUAUAUCACUGUCUGUAUGCUAUUACUAUUCACCAGAGCACAAAAUAACACUGCAAGAAAUUGUUGCUAAACAAACAAUGAUUAUAUUAUAUUGCACUUAUAAAAAUAACUUCAGCUGA